UUAUUCUUCCUGUGAAGGAAGUAAAACUUACAAGCUCCUGCUCUGGGACAAAUAUGGAACCCCACAGAUGCCAGUAGGGACACCCAAGGCCAUCAUCAUGAAUUCCAACAAGAAAAAGGAAACAAAAGUGCUGGCAGCUCAUCAGUGGAGCUGGCUCCAUCUGGAGGGCCCUCAUUGGGAAUGACAAUGGCAAUUGCAUCUGAUUACUUUUGUUCCAUCUUCAUUCUCCGCCACAACCAGGUCCUCCUUUCCGGAAAGCCCACUAGCGAGGGUUUAAUUAACCGCGUCCUCCUGACAUUAGUCUUCACCCCCAACAACGUGUCUAAGCUACCAAGGGAAGGGAGACUUCUUGGGACCUUCUUAUCUAAAAUUUCAAACCCCGAAUCUAAAAAUAUCUGAGGGAGCUGGAUAUAUGGUAGGAGAUGCUGAGCCAUAUUAGUAGAUAGCCCAGCAAAAGAAGAACCAGCUCCGAACCGCCAGAGCAGGGCCAGGGGUUGUUCUUGUUGAAACCCUUAAAUUUGAGAUUCUAUAUAGGUUUUACUACUUGUGUUACUGAAAUGGGCAGCGAAAAGAAGUAUGUUUCACAAGAAGAACUGAGGAAGCACAACAAGGUUGGGGAUCUUUGGAUCUCUAUCCAGGGGAAGGUUUACAAUGUCUCAGAUUGGGCUAAGGUACACCCAGGUGGCGAUAUCCCACUCCUGAAUCUGGGGGGCCAGGAUGCCACAGAUGCCUUUAUCGCCUUCCAUCCAAGCACUGCCUGGCAAUAUCUGGACAAGUUCUUCACUGGGUAUUACCUGAUGGAUUUUGAGGUUUCAGAUGUGUCCAGGGACUACAGGAGGCUUGCUUCAGAGUUUGCCAAAUUGGGUAUGUUUGAAAACAAAGAACACACAGUGAUUUACUCCCUCUGCUUUGUUGUUUUGCUGUUUCUUGCUUGUGUUUGUGGCGUGUUCUGUUCCAAUAGUUUCUGGGUUCAUAUGGGUGCUGGUGGACUGUUGGGAUUUGCUUGGAUCCAAGUGACUUAUCUGGGGCAUGAUUCUGGGCACUAUAACAUAAUGACCAGUAGGGGAUUGAAUAAAUUGGUGCAGAUCCUGUCUGGGAAUUGCCUAACUGGUAUCAGCAUUGCUUGGUGGAAAUGGACUCAUAAUGCCCACCACAUAGCUUGCAACAGUCUUGACUAUGAUCCAGAUCUUCAACACUUGCCUUUUUUUGCAGUUUCUGCAAACCUGUUUGAUUCGCUGACUUCGAGAUUUUAUGGCAGGAAAUUGACUUUUGGUCCGGUGGCUAGAUUCCUAGUGAGCUACCAGCACUUCACAUUUUACCCUGUCAUGUGUGUUGGCCGGAUUAACCUGUUCGUACAGACUUUCUUGUUGUUGUUCUCAAAGAGAAAGGUGCCCGACAGGGCUCUCAACAUAUUGGGGAUCCUUGUCUUCUGGACUUGGUUUCCUCUUCUGGUUUCAUGCUUGCCCAACUGGACAGAGAGGGUGCUGUUUGUUCUUGCUAGCUUUUCGGUUACCUCAAUUCAGCACGUUCAAUUCUGUCUCAACCAUUUCUCAGCUAAUGUCUAUGUUGGACCGCCUAAGGGGGACAAUUGGUUUGAGAAACAAACAAGUGGGACUAUUGACAUAUCGUGCGCAGCUUGGAUGGAUUGGUUCCAUGGCGGAUUACAGUUUCAGCUUGAGCAUCAUUUGUUUCCCCGAUUGCCUCGGUGCCAGUUGAGGAAGGUUUCUCCACUGGUCAGGGAUCUGUGCAAGAAGCACAACUUGCCUUAUAGGAGCUUGUCCUUCUUUGAGGCCAAUGUGAUGACUAUCAAAACGCUCAGGACUGCAGCCCUGCAGGCUAACGGUUUGCUCUGGGAAGCUGUCAACACUCAUGGUUGAAGAUGAUGAAACUCCCUGAGGUCGAUUAAUAAUACACCGCUAGUUUUACUUUGUUUUUUCGGUUGUUUCAUUCGGGGAAAACAAUUUUUUUGUUUCCUUGUUUUUAUUUAUUUGUUCUUGUAAAACCGCGGCUAUUUGUAUUCAAUUUUGUUUUAAGAAUUUUACACUCUGCUUUUGAUUGAUUUCA